AUGCAGGGCUCUACACCACCAAUCAUGGGUUAUCCUGAAGAUGAUGAUCAAUAUAAAGUGCCAUUGAUCGCCAAACUAUUACAUGCGCUACCUCAUUACAACAUUACGUUUCAUCGGAUUAAUAACACUUUUCGACCAUCAAAUGAAGUUUAUCUCGAGAGUCUGGGAAUCCUAGGAUCGAUACCGGCUGCGCUGUUGAUUGUGUCACUUUUCGGGCUUCUGCUGUAUCUUUUAACCAGAUGUUGCGACCGUAAACCCCGUCCGGCGCACUCGAUCACCAGUCUCAAAGUAACAUUAUCGAUAGUGACUGUCUUGUGUUGUGCGGCUAUCGGUCUCGGUCUUUACGGUAAUGAUGAUCUUCAUAACGGUCUACUGGAAGUGUUACAAGCCGGUCGAAAGGUAGAUAACGUUGUGUCAUCAGUACGCAAUCAAACUUUUAUUCUGGAGAACACUUUGACUAUGAAAAUUCAACAACAACUUACCGAACUGGAAGACAUAUUCGAUGCUAAAGCAAAUAACCAAACAGCUUUGGCACAGCUCCAGAUGGCACUAGCCAUCACCAAAGGCAAUGUAACGAUUGCCAAAAACGCAGCAAAUGAUAUCCGUCGGCCACUGGUUGGAUUGACUAUAACGGAUUUUUUAUCGAAAGGAGAUCAAUGGGAGCUAAUAAGGUGGCCCGGUACAGUUGCAAUUCUGGCUCUGUUGCUCGUUCUUUGUGCGGUACUGCUUGUUGGCGUAGCACGACACUCACGUUGUGCAUUAAUCCUAUUCAGUGUUUGCGGACUGUUGGCAGUUACUGGAUCAUGGCUCAUGUCUGGUUUGUACCUUUCGACGUCAGUUGCUGUGGGAGAUUUAUGCAACGAUCCUGCUGACUUUUUGGUUCAUCAGGCACCAAAUGAGUUGCCAUCUGAUAUCCUAUUAUAUUACACUCAAUGUGAUGUUGCACGCUCAAACCCUUUUACUCAGCGGCUUCGGGAAUCACAAAAUGCAAUCAAUAAUGCCCGAAACGCAAUGAGCAUUGUCUCUAAAAUCUCUCCAGUGCUGUUCAAGAACGCUGGACUUGGACCGAAGCUGGGUUCUGUUAACGCGGAUAUUAAACUGUGUGAACGAAUCUUGACGGGUCUAACGGCACUGGUGGACUGCAAAGCAGUACACUACAGUUAUCUCAAUGCAACACGCGGAUUGUGUGAAGGAGGACUCCUAGGGCUUGUACUUAUGCUUAUUGCCAGUUUCAUGGCUGCCAUAUUACUGACUGUCAUGGUUUGGGUUGAUUCGCACACAUGGAUUUACAUCAGAAAGAGGAACGAUUAUGCUCAAGUAGAAGAACAAUCAUACGUAUCAGCCCAUCAACUUCAAUCACAAAACCAUCAGAACGCAAAUACGCGAACAAUGCCACAUAUUCAUAAAGGUCCACCGGUGAUCAGCGGUUCACAUACAUUAGCGCAUCCAGCGCGUAAUCCUAAGCAUGAAAUGACGCCACAACAGCAAGCUCAUAUGCACCACCAUCAUCAAGCUAUGAUGCGACCAGGUGGAACUCAUACCCUCGGACGUUUACCUUCUCAUAACAAUAGCCCAACUCAUAUGCAUGGACCAAAUAAUGGCAAAUAUGCCACCCUGAGCAAGCACUGCAAAACUUUGGAUGCUAACGAUUUUUACUGA